CAGCAGAGGGAGAGCCAACGGCGUCUCAGCCAGGAUGCCACGCAGCAGGAGUGAACAGUACCAGCUGAAUAACGCAGCCUGUGGCGCAUUUGGACAGGGCCUUCCACAGCCUCAUAAUAACCACAGCACACUGGGACUCAACAAGUACGCCUCCCUCAAAGCUGUGGCAGAAACCGCUUCCCGUAGCUACUAUAAGAGCUUUCCUGUCAUGGACUUCUCCAGUUACCAACCCGUAGCGCCUCCUGCCUUCCAGCCCUCGCAGCCUAAGGAGAAGUCCUACAUCCACCAGCCUCUGCCUGGGCACCGCGACCUCCACACCCCUCUGUCCAUCUCCAUCCCGUCCAACCACCUGGAGCACUCGCGCCUCCCCAAGACCACCACGCACCCGUUCAUCUCCAACUCGGCCUUCAAAUCCUGGGAACCGGCCGGCCGCCACGUCCACAGGCAGACCUCCGCUCCGGCCCACACAUCCUCCUCUCUGCACAGCUCCACCCGGAGACACGGCUAUUCAACGCGGCGGCAGCAGAGCAUAGAGAACCUGCAAGAAGUGGUUAAUCAGUCCUACGGAGGUAUGUACGGAGGAGGAGGAGGAGGAGGGCAGGGUCGCCACACGCACAGCCAGCACACUUCUCAACCCUCAUACUACAACCAUACCAGGCCAAAGAGCUACUCCACCCACAGCGCCACCGAGGUGACUGUCUGAGUGUUUCAGUGAGAGUGACCUACCGCAAUGCUAAACUCAAGAAAAACUUUGGAGCGAGCCAGGUACUGCACUUCCUUACAGUCCAACAUGACCGGGGGUUAAGCAAGGACACGCCUUCCAAUGUACAUGAUAAAAGCAAGAGCUCAGAUUUUCAAUGUGUGGAAAAACACCAGGAGACAGACUCAUUGCUGCACAUGAAGGACUCACUCUAGAAGAUGGGUUAAAAACACGCUCAGGCUCCUCUCUGCUGCAUAGGGCUUGUACAUGUUUAACCGCUGCAGUUUGGCUAUAUCACAGAAUUACGGUUGAUCAAGCCCUGUAGAGAUCCUGUCUGGAUGAAACUAAUGUUUCUCUGUCUAUAUUUUAGAACUCGGAGCUUGGUUUUGUCCACAAACAUGGUUUUAUUUGUAAUGUUUUGGUUUUAAUAUGGAUGUUGGAGGAGAAAAUUCCAAACUUGUGUUAGCCUAGUAAAGGUUCUGUUAGCUAGCCUGAAUAUGACACCAAAAAACGACUAGUCACACUGUCAUUAGUUCCUUUACUCCAAAAAAAGCCACAUUUUAGGGAACGUAUAUUAUGGUUUCUUGCCUGGAGUAAAGAUAGUGAAUCAGUAACACUGCUGAGCAAUAUGGCAGAGUUGGGAGUAGAUGGAGUUAGCUGCCUGGCUAACCAGUUGAUCAUAUUAAGUCUGGGGUGAAACAAUGAGUGCUCAUUUUACCAGAGUCUGGUACGGCCCAGAACAGAAACACCCAGUAUAUUUUCAUAACACAAGAGGAAGAGGCUAAUUUUAGCAUUUUUCAUUGUUUUUUUACUAAAAUGUUCUAAUUCCAUCAACAUAAACCUUGAUACAGAAACAUGUAGCUCAUCCAAUAGGAGAAUCAUAUAAAAUUAAAAAUGGGUUUACUAUAAUUGCUUUUUGUUUCUGUAUUUAUAAUAAUGCGAUCAGGUUGUCAAGCAAAUCAUUUGAAAAGCUAGCAUACAAGCUAAUAUUGCUACUAGUCAUUUUGCUAACUUUUUUGUCCAAAGAAAUUCAAACUAUUGGAGAAACUGGAAAGCUUUGUCAUUAGUAGUAGUUCUCAAAGACAAUUUUCAUUCUUAAAACCAAAUGUUGUCUCAAGGUAGUUGAAGUAAAUAAAUGUUUUUUUCAGAAAUAGUUACAUAGUAAAUUAUAAUUAGCCUCUGUACAAACUGGGAUUAUGUAUAUAAAACUGCUCCUUUGAGUUUUAUAAUUCAAACAUGGUGUUUAUUUUGGGCAUUUUCAAUAAAUAUAGGGAGCAAUAGAAUUAAGAAAUGAUGCAGUGCCUUGCAAAAGUAUUUAUUCCACCUGAAUUAUGAAUUAUGUCAUAUUUAGUCACUUAAUCACAGCCUUCAGUGUAAUUUACGUGGUUUUAUGUUAUAUAUAUGUUUUUUUUACAAAUAAGAAUAUAAAAAGUGAGUUUUUAGCCACUUUACACAGACACCCAAAAAUAAAAUCCUGUGCAAUCAACUCCCCUGAGAAAUCUUCUUUUGUUUCCAAUUUAAUCUCAGAAUAAAUUCACAAAAAAAAAAAAAAAAA